AUGAUACAAAGGUUUAUAGAACAAUAACAUCGGUUAGUGAUUGUGAUCAGCUACAGCAAGCUUUAACCAACCUAGAUGUUUGGAGUAGUGACAACAACAUCACAUUCAACGCAUUAAAAUGGAAAGUUUUAUCCGUCACGCGCAAAAAAACCCCAAUUUCCUAUGUUUACUGCCUAGGUUCGGCACAGUUGCCGAAAGUUGAGGAGGAGAAAGAUCUCGGAGUCACUCUAUCCAGUAAACUAUUGUGGGACUCGCAUAUGAAUGAAUUAACAUCGAAAGCCAACAAGCUACUUGGUUUGCUCAAACGAACUUGUCCAUCUUUAACGGAUACCAAA